CAUCGAAAACUAUUUUGACUAACUUAGUGAUUUUGUCAACUGUCAUUUGCCGCCAUUAACUUCCUUUUCGAGUUGUUCCGAAAAUUGACAACAUGAAUCCGAACUUAUCGAAGCAAAAGAAGGAGCCAAUCCACUCAGUCCAAGUUUUUGGGCGCAAAAAAUCUGCUACUGCUGUUGCUUAUUGCAAACGUGGCAAAGGUAUUUUGAGGGUAAAUGGCCGUCCUUUGAGCCAGGUUGAACCUAAAAUGCUUCAAGACAAGUUGCAAGAACCAAUUUUACUUCUUGGCAAGGAUAAAUUUUCAGCUGUUGAUAUCAGAGUUCGUGUUAACGGUGGUGGUCACGUGUCUCAGAUUUAUGCCAUCAGACAAGCGAUUUCUAAAGCUUUGGUAGCCUAUUACCAAAAAUAUGUUGAUGAAGCGUCGAAAAAAGAAUUGAAAGACAUUUUGAUUCAAUACGACCGCACUUUGCUGGUAGCAGAUCCACGUCGUUGUGAACCUAAGAAAUUCGGUGGUCCAGGAGCCCGCGCUCGCUACCAGAAAUCUUACCGUUAAGUUAAAAUUUUGUGUCAAGCUAAGAUACACAAUUAUUUCUAAUAAAAUUUAAUUGAAACAA